AUGCGCAAUAUUUUACAACCGAAAACCGCCACCGAUGCACAGCAGCACAAGAAUCACUAUAUAGGGUUGACGGAAUACAAAAGCAUCACCAAGAUGAGGCUAGCACACAUAACAACAUCUCCUCCAAAUCCAAGUCAUUUUACCAUUCUUGUCCGUUCAAUUCCAUAUUCAUUGGAAGAAUCAUACAGUAAUUCUGUGAAGAAAUUCUUUACAAAUUAUUAUGCAUCAAGCUACUUGUCACAUCAAAUUGUGUAUCGAUGUGGUACAGUUCAAAAAUUGAUGGUUGAUGCAGAGAGGAUGUGUAUGAGGCUUAAGGCUGUUCCUAAGGGCCGAUCAAGUUUAAAGCCAUGUUGUCUGUGUGGAGGAAGUGCAACUUCUUUUAAAGUCCUCACUGAUGAACCAGGAAAUGUCAAGGACGGUUUCAGCUAUUCUGAUUUGGAUCUUGCCCCAAGGGAUAAUGAGCGUUCUGCUGCUUUUGUUUUUUUCAAGACCCGCUAUGCUGCUGUGGUUGCCACACAGAUGCUUCAAUCGCCAAAUCCUAUGUCAUGGGUGACAGAAUUGGCCCCAGAACCUCAUGAUAUUUUGUGGUCAAACCUCUGUAUACCAUUUAGACAGCUUUGGCUCCGAAAGAUAGCAACUCUUCUGGCUGCUAUACUCUUCAUGGUUCUGUUUCUCGCUCCAGUGACCUUUGUACAAAGCUUGGCUCAACUAGAGAAACUGUCAAAAACAUUUCCUUUUCUGAGAGGAUUUCUAAAACAGGACCUUAUAAAACAUGUGGUGACUGGUUACUUGCCAAGUGUUAUCUUGAUGUUGUUUCUGUAUACUGUUCCACCAACGAUGAUGCUGUUUUCAUCAGUCGAGGGGCCUGUUUCUCGAGGUUUUCUCUUUGCAUUCAAUAUGUUAUCUAGUGUAAGAGACCUUCCUGCAGAACUUGCCAAAGCACUACCUAAUCAGCUUGUGCUUCCAGGAGUUCUAAUCUUCCAUGCAAGUUAUGGGAUUGUAAAUCUUGUAUUUUGUGUUACAGAUGCAAUGAGGGGAUUUAUUAUGUAUGGAAAGUUGCUAAGCAAUGUGCCAAAGAUGGACCCCUUGAUUUUUGUUGUUCUAAAUGUGGAGUUGAAAAAGCAGCGGUUUUUCCCAAUUUUUAAGAAUAAUGUUGCACAGGUUCUUAUUGAGAUGGAUAGACGAGAUGAGCAGUCUGGGCAGAUGGAAGAGAUCCAUCAACAGUUGCAUUCAGCAUACUGUCAGUUGACUCAGUUCCCCCUAACUUCUCACGAAUACCGUAAAUCUGUACACGAGGUCCAUGAGGACAAAAUCCAGGCUCCAGAGGGCACCAAGCCAGGAAAAGAACCCAGUGAAGUAAGUGAACCUUGUGCCGUCUGCAAUUUCGGAAAAGAAGACUCUAUUGUGGAGUAA